ACCUCUCUCCACUCCCCCCCCCACACCGCCGCCGCUAAUCCUUCCCGUAUUUCUCCCUCCCGCCUCGCCCGAGGAGCGGACUCGGAAGGCAGCCGGGCAGGAGGAAGAAGCGGGUGGAGGGGUGUAGCAUGCGCCCCUGGAGCCGUUGCCGGGCGACCCCGCGGCAGCUCUUCCGCCUCCUCGCGCUCGGCUCACCUCCUUCCGGCCGGCCGCGGCCUAGCGCCGUCGCCAUGGCAACCGAGGCCUCGGCCGGCCUGGACGAAGCGCUCCGCCUGGCCGUCCCGCCGCUUCCUCCUUACGAGACCCGCGAGAAAGCGGCGGCGCCGGCCGGGGCUGCGCUGGAGGAGCGGAGCGCCGAGUUCAUGCGCUUCUACGGGGCGCUGGGCGAGGGCGGCGGAGGGUCCCGGGCCGAGCUGCUGAGGCGCCUGGCGGGCGACUACGGCGUGGAGCACGGGCGGGUGGCGGAGGGCAGCGCGCGGGUGCUGCGGCUGCAGGAGGGCGAGCCGGGCCCGCUGCUCCAGGCCGAGGACCGGCUGCGCCACGCGCUGACCCCGCGCUACCGGGGCCUCUUCCAGCACCUGGCGCGGCAGGAGGGCGGCCUCCGCUUCCUGGUGGAGCUGCGCCGGGACCUGCUGGAGGCGCUGGCCGCCAGGGACGCCUCGGGGCCCCACGUCCGGGAAAUGAAUGGUGUACUAAAGAACAUGUUAUCAGAAUGGUUUUCUACUGGAUUCUUAAACUUGGAGCGAGUUACGUGGCAGUCUCCCUGCGAGAUUCUUCAGAAGAUUAGCGAUAGCGAAGCGGUGCAUCCUGUUCGAAAUUGGAUGGAUAUGAAGCGCCGUGUUGGGUCCUAUAGAAGGUGUUACUAUUUUGCCCACUGUGCAAUACCUGAAGAACCCCUGAUUGUUUUGCACGUUGCACUUACCGAUGAAAUAUCCAGCAAUAUCCAGGCCAUAGUAAAAGAGCCUCCCAUGCAAGAAGUAGAAGAUUUGGACAGAAUUACCACCGCAAUUUUCUACUCCAUCAGUUUGACUCAGCAGGGCCUGCAGGGCGUGGAGCUUGGCACGUAUCUCAUCAAGCGGGUGGUCAAAGAGCUGCAGGUUGAAUUUCCUCAGAUCCAAACCUUCUCCACCUUGUCUCCCAUCCCGGGGUUCACCAAAUGGCUCGUUGGGCUGCUGUGCUCGCAAUCCAGCGAACUGGGCAGGGGAAACCCUUUUACGGAUCCCGAGGUGCAAGAAAUUUCGGAGAUCACGGGAGCCCCUGUGGCUGAGAAACUGAAACGCCUUUUCACGAACAACGGGUGGGUGAAAUCAGAAAAGCUGGCUCGGGUCUUACAGCAGCCCCUCAUGAGGCUUUGCGCCUGGUAUCUCUACGGAGAGAAGCACCGCGGCUAUGCCCUCAACCCGGUGGCCAACUUCCACCUUCAGAAUGGCGCGGUGCUAUGGCGCCUGAACUGGAUGGCGGAUGUCAGUCCCCGUGGCUUGACGGCCUCCUGUGGCAUGAUGGCCAACUAUCGCUACUUCUUGCAGGACACCAUGGCCAACAGCGCCACCUACCUUGGAACGAAGCAAAUCAAAGCCUCAGAGCAGCUCCUGUCCUUGGUCUCCCAGUUUCAGCAGAACAGCAAACUUUAAAUAAUCUGAGCAAGCAAAGACCGUUCUGGCUAAACGGGAAUCUUGACUUGAUCCUGCUCAGGAAGAAGUGGGCUGCUGAUGAACAGGUACGCUCUCUUCUGGAUCUCAUCAGGAUCUGCGGUUGGGUUGUCCUGGGUUCUCGCUGCCUUGUGUCGCCAGAGAAAAGGACCACAUGGUUUCUCGUGGUGCUUCCAGCAGGCAGAAUCUCAAGCUUUGUUGACCUCACUCUUAGAUAAGUGGUGGCAAUUUGUUGGUGGUUUCUGUGAAGUACGUGUUGUCCCUUGUUCUCAGUAGAUCAAUAGUCUUGUUUAAUCUGCAUCUUUGACAGCACUAUUGAACUACUGAAUGCUCUUGGAUGUUAAAGGGAUCAAUAUCAGAGUUACUAAAAAAGGGACAAGCAAGGAAGACAUUUUCGCCCAACUGGGAAAACAAAACAGCAUGUUUUUAACACUCCUUCAAGAACUGGUUUUUUCUUUCUCUGCUGUGCCGAAUUCCUGGAUCAGGUCAGCUAAAUGGUCUAGGGUCUCCUCCUUGAACAGGAUCCCUUCCAACUCUGUUAUUCUAUUAUUCUAUUAUAUUUCAUCUCGAGGGCUUUGGGGGGCAACAUUUGCAUGGAAAUGAGGCAUUUGCUGCUAUGAUAACGAUUUACAAAUGAUAACGAUUCAGCCAUACGUGGUUUCCUGCAGAUGUUUCGGAAACAUAGUAUUUAAAAAUGUAUCAAAUUAAGGAAACAAGAAACCUACGCCAUUAAAACCUAAGGUUUACAAUGUCACAGAA